AAAACAUUUAAUAAUCAAAAUACAAUAAAAUCCAAGAAUUCAAUAAAAAUGCAAUAAAAUUAAAAUUAGAUAAAUUGAAUUAGAAUAGUUCAUGGCUGCAUUACCGAGCCUCGUUUUUUCUAAUUCAUCAUAGUUUAGAGUUCAGAACCUAGGAUGAUCCUAGUUCAGAACAUAGGCUUACAGUAUCUAUCAAAAAUGGAUCCUUCCCAGAUACCGGCUCAUGAAGGUCUUCUUGAACUGAAAGGACAGAUAUUUUGGAAGAAGUAUUGGUUUUCUCUUCAAGGAAAUGACUUACAGUACUUUCAAGAAGAUAAGAGGCUAUCUACACGAGGAAUCAUAGAUCUGUCCAAAGCUCAGGCAGUCAGAAAAUGUGGCAGUGGGUCAAAGGAAAAUAUGAUUGAAAUUGUAACCAAAUCUAAGACAUACUCAUUGUCUGCCCCAACAAGGCAUAGUUGUGAUGAAUGGGUAAAGCUGCUGCAGAGAGGAAUUCAAUUUAAAAGAAGACAGGCUUCCAUCAGUAGAGACAAUAGCUUGCAAGACAAUGAUGUUUAUGAGGACUCCAUGUCUUCCCCUGGUCCCAAAACACCAAUAUCUCCAAAUAAUGGAACAAAAUUCCAAUUUUCAUCACAGUCGAGUCCAGGAACUACCCCCUUGUCCCCCAAGCCGAAUGUAGCACCCCCAAAAAUUCCAGAAACUUCAAGACCAAAAGUAACACCCCCUACAAUCCCACAGAGAGCUCCAGGUACUAAAAAAAGUGAAAAUGUUCCACCUCAGAAUGGCGAUACAUAUGAAGAUGUAGCUUCUCCUAAAACUGAACCCAUUGAUACAUAUGAAGAUGUAGCCGCUCUUAAAACUGAACACAGUGAGGAGGCUGAAUAUGGAGAAAUAGUGGAUAUAUCUACUCCUGUUCAAAUGAGACAGUCCAGAAAUGUUGAACCUGAGGAGGACAACAUUUAUGGGGAAAUUGAGGAUGUUUCAUAUGACGAAACUAGGGUUGUAUCGAGGAUCAAAAGUAUGUCUAUGGAGGAAGAAUAUGAUGAUGCUGUUGAGGUUUUCGAUGAUAUAUAUGGUGACACAUUGAGCCCCAAUGGAACCACACUGUCUGCAUAUAUAGAUGAUUUAUAUGGAGAACUGGAGCCCGAUGUCGUGGAAGAACUUCGUGGCAGUAUAUAUGCAGACAUAGAUGACUUUGCACCAUCAAAGAAAGAAGAUGUUGAAGAAGUCGAUGAUGCUUUCUUCCAAGAAAUGUAUGAAAACGUCCUAACAUUUGAGCCUAAACCUAUUGAUAUUAAAGCAACAAAUGACAAAGUUUCGACAAAUGAAGGACCAUUUAGUUCCACUGCAUUUGCUGAGUUGAAAGAAUUUCUCAAGAACAAUAGGGGCCAAUCUGAAAUGUAUGCCUCUGUAAGGAUCAAAGAACUCAAAGGCAAUGCAGUCGCCAAACUAAAAGAAUAUCUUGCUACUCUUGAGAGUUAGCUGUGCAACAUAUAUGAUUAUAGAAUACAUAUAAUGUAUUGUGAUAUGUGUAUAUAAUAGGGUCAUUCUAUUUUGAACAAUCUAUUUUAAAAGACUAGGCCCUAACAUUAAAUAAUGUGCAAAUCA